AUGUUCAACUCUGGUGUCGCUAAGCUCUUCAGCUUGGCUCUUGUUCUUGGGACUCCCAACUUAGCCGGGGCAAAUCCUGUCGCUCCGCGCUCACUUGUUGACCAGAAAAACGUUACGUUGCCACCGCUAACAUAUGCCUACAAUGCACUUGAGCCAGCCAUCAGCGCCAAGAUCAUGGAACUUCAUCACUCCAAACAUCACCAGGCGCUUGUCACUGGUCUCAACAAUGCAUUAGCUUCCUACUCAGCAGCUGUUCAAGCUGGUGACUUGCCUAAGCAAAUCGAAAUCCAAGGUUUGAUCAAGUUCAACGGUGGGGGUCACAUCAACCACUCUUUGUACUGGAAAAAUCUUCAACCUGUGAACUUGGGAGGAGGUAAGAUGAAACCUGGUGUCUUCGCAGACGCAGUGCAAGCGCAGUUUGGUGGUUUAGAUGGCUUGAAGACAAAGAUGAACGCGGUUGGUAACACAUUUCAAGGAUCUGGCUGGCUUUGGCUUGCCCGCGAGAAGAGCGGUAAAGCGCUUUCGAUUGUGACAACUGCUAACCAAGAUCCCUUGGUCGGCCCUUUGAUCCCGAUCAUUGGCAUUGAUAUGUGGGAACAUUCAUGGUACCUACAACACUACAAUGUCAGGGCCACUUACCUUACCGAUAUUUGGAAUGUCAUCAACUUUGAUGAGGCCGAGACCAGAUACAAAGCUAUCUAG